ACGCAGCCGCCGGCCGAGCGAGUCGAUGAGGAAGCACGGGCGGGCCCGCGCGCGCUGAACCGCUGGGCGGCGGCGGGCUGCGCGACGUCUUCUGCGGCCGGCCUGGGCAGGUGUCUUCCUCGAGAGACAGGCGGGGGCUCCCGGGCCCUUAUACAGGAUGCUGUGGUCUUUGCUCCUUUGUGAAUGUCUACUGCUGGUAGCUGGUUAUGCUCAGGAUGAUGACUGGAUUGACCCCACAGACAUGCUUAACUAUGACGCUGCUUCAGGAACAAUGAGAAAAUCUCAGGCAAAAUAUGGUAUUUCAGGGGAAAAGGAUGUCAGUCCUGACUUGGCAUAUGCUGAUGAAAUAUCGAAAUGUUAUCACAAACUUGAUUCUUUAACUUAUAAGAUUGAUGAGUGUGAAAAGAAAAAGAGGGAAGACUAUGAAAGUCAAAGCAAUCCUGUUUUUAGGAGAUACUUAAAUAAGAUUUUAAUUGAAGCUGGAAAGCUUGGACUUCCUGGUGAAGACAAAGGCGAUAUGCAUUAUGAUGCCGAGAUUGUCCUUAAAAGAGAAACUCUGUUAGAAAUACAGAAGUUUCUCAGUGGAGAAGACUGGAAACCAGGUGCCUUGGAUGAUGCACUAAGUGAUAUUUUAAUUAAUUUUAAGCUUCAUGAUUUUGAAACAUGGAAGUGGCGAUUUGAAGAUUCCUUUGGAAUGGAUCCAUAUAAUGUGUUAAUGGUACUUCUGUGUCUGCUCUGCAUCGUGGUUUUAGUGGCUACCGAGCUGUGGACGUAUGUACGUUGGUACACUCAAUUGAGGCGUGUCUUAAUCAUCAGCUUUCUGUUCAGUUUGGGAUGGAAUUGGAUAUAUUUAUAUAAGCUAGCUUUUGCACAGCAUCAGGCUGAAGUCGCCAAGAUGGAGCCAUUUAGCAAUGUGUGUGCCGAGAAGAUGGACUGGACUGGAAGUAUCUGGGAAUGGUUCAGAAUUUCAUGGACCUAUAAGGAUGACCCAUGCCAAAAAUACUAUGAGCUCUUACUAGUCAACCCUAUUUGGUUGGUCCCACCAACAAAGGCACUUGCAGUUACAUUCACCACAUUUGUAACGGAGCCGCUGAAGCACAUUGGGAAAGGAACUGGGGAAUUUAUUAGAGCGCUCAUGAAGGAGAUUCCAGCGCUGCUUCAUAUUCCAGUGCUAAUAAUCAUGGCAUUGGCUGUCCUGAGUUUCUGCUAUGGUGCUGGAAAAUCAGUUCCUGUGCUGAGACAUAUAGGUGGUCCUGAGAGAGAACCUCCCCUGCCACUGGAUAGAAGACGGCAGAAGGAAAUUGAUUACAGACUCGAUGGUGGAGCAGGUGAUGCAGAUUUUCAUUAUAGAGGCCAAACUGGCCCCAUUGAGCAAGGCCCUUAUGCCAAAACAUAUGAGAGUAGAAGAGAGAUUUUGAGAGAGAGAGAUGUUGACUUGAAAUUUCAGACUGGCAACAGGAGCCCUGAAGUGCUUCGGGCAUUUGAUUUACCAGACGCAGAGGCACGAGAGCAUCCCACGGUGGUACCCACUCAUAAAUCACCUGAUUUGGAUACAAAGCCCACGGAGAUUCGUGGAAUUCCUGGGGAAGGCACACUGAAAGAAAGCAGUACUGAAAGCAGCCAGUCUGCUAAGCCUGUCUCUGGCCGAGACACAUCAGGGAAUACAGAAGGUCCACCUGCAGCAGAAAAGGCCCAGCUCACGUCAGAAGCUGAGGGCAUCCCAGACCAAGGCAGCACAUGCAGCCCAGCAAGAAGUACGGCUGGACCACAUGGACAGGAUUCAGUUAGUGAUAUCCAUUUGGGGACGAAAUCUACUUUGACAGCAAGGCACCAUGCAACUGCUGUUGAAUGACAACAGCAAUUCAGGAAACACUUAAGUAUGAAAGCAAACUGAACACACAAGGCCAGUUUAUCACCAGAAAAGACAUAAGGCUUGUCUAUUGACUAGGCAAUAUGUCAUUAAAAUUAAGGUUUAGAGUGAAGCUUUUUUAAAAUUUAAUUUUACUUUAUUUUUUUCUGAGAGUUUUGUU